CCGUUGCCCUCCUCCUCUUUUAUCUUGCUGUAGUAUCUUCUCUCUUCUAACCAAGCCACCCUCUCUAAUUCUAACUCCUAUAGGUACACAAACAUAAAGAGAAGCAGCCCUUAGCUAGCCAUGGUAGUGGCUUCUUUGAGUCCUGUGCAUGGUGAUCACAUCCGGUCGCUUUCCAUCCCGAUCGUCGACCUCUCCGGUCAUAGAGGCCUCAUCUCCGAGCUCAUUGUGAAGGCCUGCAAGGAGUCUGGUUUCUUUAAAGUGAUCAACCAUGGAGUGCCUGCCGCCGUUAUCUCGCAAAUGGAGACCAUUGCAUUAGAUUUCUUCUCUCUGCCGGCUGUCGAGAAGCAACGAGCAGGGCCUCCGAAUCCACUUGGAUAUGGGAGCAAGGCCAUUGGGCAGAAUGGAGACUCCGGAGAGGUGGAGUACCUCCUCCUCCACACCAACCCCUCCAUGUCCCAGAGAACCAGUACAAUAUCAAGAAUGAAUCCAACCAAAUUCAGCUGUGCGGUGAAUGAGUACGUGGAGACUGUGCAAGAGCUGGCAUGUGAGAUACUGGAACUGCUGGGAGAAGGGCUGGGGCUGAGAGAUGGUAGGGUUUUUAGCAGGCUGAUAAGAGACAGAGAGAGUGACUCACUACUAAGGCUGAAUCACUACCCUCCAUGCUGCAACAAGGAGGAUAUCAACAAUGACAUGGAUGUUAGGAGUGGUAGGAUUGGAUUUGGCGAGCACUCGGACCCUCAGAUGAUCACCCUCCUUAGAUCCAAUAGUGUGGGAGGACUCCAGAUACUGUCUACCUCAUCAUCGGAUGGUGCAGCUUGGGUCCCGGUGCCACCUGACCCUAACACUUUCUAUAUCAUGGUCGGCGAUCUGCUUCAGGCUAUGACAAAUGGACGACUAGUUAGUGUGAGACAUAGGGCCUUGGUUAACUCCUACAGCUCAAGGCUCUCCAUGGCUUAUUUUGGUGCACCUCCCCUCCAUGAAUGGAUUUCCCCUCUUCCAGAGAUGAUCACACCCCAAAUGCCUCGUUGCUACAAAUCCUUUACUUGGGCUGAGUACAAGAAGGCCAUGUACUCACUCAGGCUUGGACACAAUCGCCUUGAUCUCUUCCGCAAAGAUACGGUGGAAAAAUACCCUUAGUAAAAUGAUAGUAGAGAUUUCUUAGGAUAACAUUUUGUGCAUGCCAUGUGUAUCAAUUGGGGGUUUAUUUUUUGAAAUAGUCCCCCAAAUUUUGUUAAUGUUUGUUGAUUAGAAGCAGCGGGGUGACUUCAAUGGUCUAUGUAGUAAUUAGAUUACCAGUGUCAUGUCAAAGAAGGAAGAACAUGUAUUGAGAAGAAUAUCUAAGGAGAUUUGCAGUGUUGUAUGCUUUCAAGAUUGGGUAAAACUUUUUUUUCUCCAUAUUCUGCAACAAUCAGAAAAUUUGGGUUUUCCAAAUGCAUUUCAGUUGGCAUAGUUAUUUAUGUUUAACUAUAAGUUUGAAAAGUAGGUUGUUUAACUAUAGCUUAAAAAAAUCGGUUAACUUCUUUUAUACACACACUUUUAAUACAUAUACAGAUGCAUCAUGAAUUAUCAUGAUAUGAGUUAAAUUUCAAAAGUGAGGAGAACAAGUGCCUGGUCCCAAAAUUGCAUUCUCUCCCCGUUCUAUACAAUCGAUUCUUCCCAAAUUUUAAAGGAAAAUAUGAUAAGAAAGAAGUAAAACCAGAACUAGAU